AUGCCAUCUCAAAAAGCAUCCAGCAAGAACAAUACUGUCCCCAGCAAAAUCAAGUCCAGUCCUCCACCACCAAACUGGCCCCCUCUCCGCCCAUUAGUGCCCGCCUCAGAUCUAUACAUCGAACCACUCCUCAAAGACCAAGUCUACCUGAUCCGGAACUUCUUCACGGCCAACUUGUGCAAAUCAUACAUCUCCUUCUUGUCUUCUCCAUCUACAACUACAGGAAUAAAUCUAACAACUACGCCACUCAAACCCAAAAGCAGAGAUGAUGCGGUCCGCGUCAACGACCGGUUCCAGGUCCAGGAUGCGGCAUUUGCGGAGAUGCUUUGGAGUUCGACUUCGUUGAAGGAAAUUGUUUGUGAGCGGAGGGGUGUAGACGGUGAUUAUGAUGAUCAAGAGAAAGAUGACAGAGAAGAAAAUGCUCGCAUUUGGGGCGGCACGCCGUUAGGAUUGAAUCCGAAUAUUAGGAUAUAUCGAUAUACGCCCGGGCAGUUUUUUGCGCAACACUGGGAAAAGGCUUACAAAACAGACGACGAAUCCAACACCAUCCAAUUCCCUGAAACUCCUCUAUCCUCGUCCAAAACGCUAACUGCACGCACAACAUGGACUCUACUCAUCUACCUGACCAUGACUGAAGGCGGGGAAACAGUCUUUUAUCCGGAAGAAGAGGGCAGUGCACCCAUAUCGGUUGCGCCAGAAGUCGGAAUGGCGCUUCUGCAUCGCCAUGGAGAGCACUGUCUUCUCCAUGAGGGGAAGGAGUGUAGAACCAGAUGCUGUCACCGCCCGGGAAGUUGCUUUGCUUUUUUUGGGCUGGCCCCGUCCAAAGAACUGUCGGAAAAGGUCGAGCGAACUUCUUGCGAUGGCCUCGAUCUCACCGCCCUGCUCUGCUCUCUGCGCAAUCCAGUCUCGAGUACCAGCAACCGCUCACCCAGAGCUGCAAUGCAGCAGCCUGUCAUGUCGUCUUUGCAGACCAUGACAGCGCCAGCAGCGGUGGGCCAUCGCCCUCCCGAUCCUGGAAUAGACAUCGCUGCUGCUGCUGCUAGUGCUAGUAGCCAUGCGAUUGUUGAUAACAAGGACAGCCACCAUAACCACGACAACGUCCCCCGCGCCACCACCAGCGAAAAACCAGUGGACCAUGAUCUAAGUACUGAUAUCGCUGCUUCAAGACAGAACCGUGCUGUCUCUCCGGUUAUGUCUGGUCUGCCGCAGGAACCGCCUGUCGAAGUCAAGGUAGAAACCUUGGGAAACGACUCCGGAAGGAAUUUGGAUGCGGUAGUGCCCGGAGGAGAAAAAUCUGGAGAAAAAGUCAAUGACGAGCAAGUACAAAUGCAAAAUGAAAGGGUGUGCGGUGAACAAGAAGCAUUCGGAGAAAAGAACAGCGAGCAAAAGGAAGGAGUCUCAGCGUCGUCGGACAGCAUAGUCAAGGAGCAGAAGGAUUCGCCAGAAAAUGGCGACAAGGGCCAACAAGAUCAAGAGAAACAUUUCGCAGCCACGUCUCUCCUCGCUCAGUUACUUGGAAACGUCACAGCGCAAUCCGCCGCACCUGGUACGCCAGAAAAUCUUCCCCGGACACCGUUGGCAGAGCCCUUGACAGAUGCCUCGACACCCGCAGCGCCUUACGAGGACUCCUCAAUGCCAUUGACAAAUUUCCACGCGGAUCGCACUGAUGCGAAACUUCAGCAGACACAGGUGGACACGGAGAAUGGAUUUACCGCUUUUUCAAAUCAGGAGGAGAAUAUGCCUGCCACCACCACCACCACGGAGAUACAAGAUCAACCCAUGUUAAAAACAGAAAAAGCUAUAGGUGAUGCCCAAGACGCGGCGAAUGCCGCAAUAAUCCCUGGUAUGAUCACUGGAGUUAUGGAAGACCCGCUCUCCAAGACAAGCCAUGACCCCAAUGGUGGCAUCUUCGCGCCUUUUGAUGCCGACGCCGCGAUCAAAAACGGCCUAGAUCCUCUCCAACAGCAUGACCUGCUGGCAAAUGCAUUUUUGUCACAAGAAAUCAACAUGUCAGGUCUUCCUGAUAUCUCGGCUUACUCUGCUUCUUAUAAUGAUAUGGCUGCCUCGAUAGCUGGCUCCGAGCCGCGCAUCCAAGCUUUUGCGAAACUCGAAUUUGAUGAUGGUCAUUUCUACGUGAAUACAUAUUCAUUCAUCCUUGGUCGAGAUGUCCGGGCGGCACGCGCUGCCUUUCAACGCGAAAUGCAAGUCCGACAAGCCAUGGGGAGGCAAUAUAAGAACAAGAGCUCCAGCGGUGGUAAUACCUCUCACACUCCCAUUCGAGUCAAACGCGACGGCAGUGCAUACGUUGGAAGCGUCUCUUUAUAUGACGGCAAUGGCAAUGGCAAUGGCGACGCCAAACCGGUUGACAUGCUAGCCUUGUUACCUUCACCCGAUGCUUGUCCAACCAUUCCAAUCCAUCCACCGGCGACUGCAGACGGCAGCUCCGCUGGUCACAAGGGCAUCUCACGAAAGCAUGUGAAGAUCGCUUAUAAUUUCGACAAAAGUUUCUUUGAAAUGGAGGUUAUGGGCCGAAACGGCGCGUUCAUUGGUGCUGAUUGGCUUGCUCCGGGACAACUGAGGCCGUUGCAUAGCGGAGAUUACAUUCAAAUUGGAGGCGUUCGGAUCAGGUUUCUCCUGCCUGAUGUGCCUAUCGGUGAAACAGGUGCCGAUCGACUAGAGGAUACUUUGAUGGGUGAAGAUGGGACGGCUUUGGCAGGAGAAGCUGCCGAAGACAUCACUGGCGAUGUAGAUGCAGCGGAUGACUCCGAUAUUGAUAGUCAAGAAGGCACAGACAAGAGAGUGACUAAGCUCAUUCUUAAGACGAAAGCGCCGAGCGAUUCUGCGAAUGCCGAUGUGUCAAUUGAUGGCAAUCCCGAAACACCACAGCCAAAGCGACGCGGACCAGGACGCCCGCCGAAGGACGGAAUCAUGUCGAAGCGGGAGCGUGCUGAGAUUGCUAGAGAACAGAAACUAGCAGCCAAACGUGAGGCGAAUGGCGGCGUAACACCUCCACCGGCGAAUCGUAUCAAGCCUCCUCCUAAACCGCGCAAGGAGGAUUCGGUAGAAGAGCCUGCCACUCCUAAGCCGGUAGAAAAGAAGAAAUUUGUCAAGCGCAAGCAGCCGGAUGGGUCUAUCAUUGAUGUUCCAAUUGAGUCUAUCGAAGGUGGUGAGCAGCUACCACCAGAGCAGGUCGUGGAAUAUCCGAAGCCACCGCCUCCCAAGAAACGCAAGCCGUCUCGGUCUCCGUCCCCUGACUACCCUCCUGAAUCGUCUUAUACGCAAGAGCAACUGGCAAAACCUCCUUAUAAUUACGCUGUCCUCAUCUUCGACGCCUUGACAGAAUCACAAACGCCAAUGACGCUCAAGCAAAUCUACAGAGCGCUCAAAUUGAAAUACCCGUACUUCAGAUUCAAAUGCGAAACUGAAGGUUGGACAUCUAGUGUCCGCCACAAUCUGAAUGGCAAUAGGCAGCUGUUUGAGCAUGCAGAACGAGAUGGCAAGGGUUGGUCAUGGCAGCUCCGAGCUGGGGCAUCGGUGGAGAAGGAAAAGAAAAGGCGACCGUCACCUCCGCCUCCAUCAACGCAUAUCCCUCACCAGCCUCCUCAUCAACACUACAUGCCUCCUCCGAGCCAUUCAUAUUCCAACCAAGGUCUGCAAACUCAGCAGUUCCAAUUUUCCGCACAUCCAUCCGAUCCUUUCAACGCACCUCGACCACCUCAGCCUAAUCCUUACCAACGUCCGCCAGCACCUCCAGCACCUCCUGCACCCCCGAUUCAGUCAUCCCUGCCAGCUCCUUUCAGAAAUACCAACCUUCCUCCAGCACUCACCCAGCAAGGACCCUCCAACUACGUAUCGCCUUAUCCUUGUGCCCUACCUCCAGAGAUUAUCCAACUCCAACAGGCAAAUCGGCCACCUCCCCCACAACCAACGAUGGAGCAUCAAAGGCAGCCAGACGCUGUUCCUCCACCUCAGCAGCAUCAACCACCCCAGUCGCAGCUGCAACCACAACCACAACCACAUCCACCGCAACAGCAGCAACCGCACCAACAGACGCAACCAAAUCAAUCUCAUCAGCAACAUCCUCCCCCUUCAUUCGCUUCAUACUCACCCCCAGUCAAUAAUCAAAUACAACAAUAUCCUCAAUCCGGCCAACUUCCACCCUCUACACCUCAACAACCUUCACAGACAAUGCAUCCCGUGCCUCAACAACAAGCAUAUCAACCUCAACAUCAGCAACAUUCUCAACAACCGCAGCACCAACCGCCACCACCGCCGUCAUGCCCGCCAACUGCAGAGCCCGAAUCGUCAAUGUCCUUCUUAGAACGAGCAAACAAGGCAAUUGACGAUUUCGAGGCUGUCCUAACGGAAGACUAUGACGACAAGAAUUAUAUUCGCGAGGUACUUAAAAGUGCGCGUGCACGCGCCUUGGGACAUGCCGAUAAGAGCUCCUUUCCCGAUGGAGAGCCCAAAGAUGAAGCUGUUCUUCUUGAUGCAUUGCGGAAUUUGAUUGGAAGUUUGAAAGACGAAUAG